AUGGUCGUGGUAGUAGAAAUAAUCGAUGAUACACCUAAAGAAAAAUUAUUCCUAGGAGGUUGGAGAAACACUAUUACAGGAAUAUCAUAUUAUAAUGCUUUUACGCAAACAUCUGCAGAUGGUAAGGAUGUUAAAAAUAAGUGCAAUUGUUUCGUACAAACGACGGAUCCCGUGAAUGUAUCUACGUGUACGUAUCGCGACAAGUCUAUUCGAACGAGCUACGUGCCUGACUUAGAAGACAGAUUUAUUCGAGUCCGUGAUAUUUUUAAUACGGCCACAAAAUUAAUAGGAUCGACAAAUUUGUCGGAGGAAGCUAGUGCAAUAAAAAUACAGAGAUUUUACAGGGCUUAUCGUGCGAGAUACGCUAGUACAAGUUCCUCUCAAAAUUUCAUUCAAGAAAGAAACGAUUUUGGAGAAGACUCAAGGCGUCCACUCGAGAAGAUAGAUCUUGAGAGGUUAGAUGGUCUGCAGCCGGAAACGAAAUCCGAUUUCGAUCGGCUCUACAACGCUUUGGACCAAUGGCGUAUUUUGGAGAUCGAACGAGUGACCGGUAAGCUUUUCCGCCCGUCGAAGAUCGCCGUUUGUAGUCUCAUCCUAUCGAGAGAAGUAGAACUCCUUCGUAAGAUAGACGCGAUGAAGAGUGCGGCGAAGCUGAAGUUAAAGGAACGACGUAGACGUAACUUCCUCGAGGAGCUUUCGAAACCUGUCCUUUGGAGGAUUAAUCAAGGAGAAUCGAUCUUAGUAGACACACCGAUCGUUCAAAGGUCUCGACAAUUUCGUAAUCUCUACGACAUGCUUUGCACGAAAAACGAUUUUACGAAUUCAAAGCGUAUGGAACUAUUGAUCGGGAUUAAAAAGGAAGCCGAGCCUCAUACCUGCAUUUAUUCCGACGAAUUGAUUUAUCUUAUAAAUCAAGAGAUCGAUCUUUUAUCCCUUAGGAUCGACGUGUCCAAAUUGAAUUGCCUGAGAGAUCGUAUCGCAAUCGCUUUUAUAUUGUUCGCCAAUAAUUCAUUGAAAAAUCAUCAAAUAAGUGUUAUCGAUAAUGUUAUAGAUCGUAAUACAAAAAGAUUUUGUAAAUCCUGCGGUAGAAUUUUAUCAUCGAUAAAAUAUCAUCGUCAUCAUCGAUUUCGUAGUUUCUCGUCGUGCGUUUAUUGCAUCGGUUUACGUCCUGGUAGGACUCCAAGGAUCGUCUACGAGCCGUAUCGACGAAUGCUGAAAGAGGUCAGGCGUCUAGAGACGAGUAACCGUUGUCACACGGGCUUUGCUUUCGUUAUACCUCCCAAGGUCGUUUAUCGUCUGGUAAACGGCAUCUGGCACGGAAAAUCCGCUAUUUCCGAGUGCGACCAGCUCGAUCGAUUGUGUCUUUUACGUUUUCGUAAUGACGUAGAAUGGUCACCCUGGAAUACUUUACUCUUGACCAAAGAGGAAGCUCUCAAACAUCGGAGGAUAAGAAAUCUUCAAGAUUUUUACGAUGCCGAGCUUCUUCGAAAGUUUCAUAUGAAAAAUUUGCAAGCCAAACUUACCUUUCGAUAUUUAUUAGAAAUCAAAGGAAAUAUCGAUUUUUAAUUUACCAUAUUCGUAAUUCUUAAUAUUAAUGAAGGAUAAAAACAUACAUAAUAUAAAAUGUUAAUUUGAUUUUCACGUGCGAACGACACGAUAAGACGUAAGAAAAAGAUAUCGCAAUUUUAUUCUUUUGCGAUUUAUGAUAUUGAUAAUAGAUAAAAAUAAAGCGAAGAUUAAUGAAGAAGAAAAAACAAAAGAAAGAAAAAAUAUGGAUGAUAUAAAAUGUAAGUUUGACUUAAAUUUUUCUCGUGCGAACAUACGAUAAGAAAAAGAAAAAGAAGAAGAAGAAAAAGAAGAAGAAAAGAAGAAGAAAAAGAAAUGAAAGAAGAAGAAGAAGAAGAAGAAGAAGAAGACGAAGCGGAUGGACGUCGAGCGCGUAUUAAAUUCUAAAAGUUAUCGUUGUUCUGCUUCUUUCGUUGAGCCUGUCUUCGUGCUUUCGUGAAAAG